AUGAUUUUGGCUGCUUGUGUCUUUUCUGAGUCUUCAGCGCGGUUACGAGUCACAUUACUGAACAGAGAUUACAGUUACGUACGUCCUAACGAAAUUCUUAUCACUCACAUAAAAAGGCUUCUAGAUCGCAUGACAGAUUUGCAAGUAACAGUGCCUCCACGCAUACGUCACUUAUAUGAGUUGCUGAAGAAAGACUUCAAGCAAGGACCUGAGUAUGGACAGAUGCACCAUAUAUUGGACUUCAACAAGACAUUGCCUCCAAGAUAUGAUGUCAACAAGUUGAAUAGGAUCUACACAACGCCUAUAACGCAGUAUAAGAAGUAG